UGGAUGCUUCCUUUCAUGUGGCCCUUCAAAUUCUUCAUCAUUCUCCCUCCAUUUUCGGUGCCUAAGGGCUAUGGCUUUUUGAGCUACCCUCCUCACUUCUCUUAGUCAAAUAACCUAUACCCUUUUUGCCAUCUACCUCACUCACACGGCAACGUGGAAAAAAGAAGUCAAAUUUCUCGCAGAAAGGUUUAAUUUUUGAUAGGGUGAUAGUCAUCUAUAGAGAUCAGAGGAUCAUUGGUGCAAAGCGAUAGAAGAUGGCGAGGUCAUUUAAAAAGUGCAUGAUGCUUUGUUGUACCGGCAAGAUUUCCUCGAAGGAAGACAUGGCAGCUGGAGACUCAUACGAUGACGCCAUUGCAGCCCUCUCCGACCUCCUCAAGGACAAAGCCGAACUCGGCAGCCUGGCCGCCGCAAAGAUCAAGCAGCUCACGGCGGACCUGGAGGCCGCCGGUUCCACUCCAUUCAACCCGGAUGACAGGAUCCGAACCGGCUUUGACCACUUCAAGAAGGAGAAAUUCGAAAAGAAUCCGGAUUUGUUUGGCGAACUCGCUAAAGGACAGAGCCCAAAGUUUAUGGUUUUUGCUUGCUCAGAUUCAAGAGUUUGCCCAUCUCAUGUUCUGGAUUUCCAACCUGGUGAAGCUUUUGUGGUCCGAAACAUUGCCAACAUGGUUCCACCAUAUGAAAAGACGAAGUACGCAGGAACAGGGGCAGCCAUUGAAUAUGCGGUCUUACAUUUAAAGGUGGAGAAUAUUGUGGUAAUUGGACAUAGCUGCUGUGGAGGUAUAAAGGGACUCAUGUCUAUCCCCGAUGAUGGGACCACUGCAAGUGACUUCAUAGAGCAAUGGGUCCAAAUUUGUAACCCAGCAAGAUCUAAGGUUAAAGGAGGAGCUGGUGACUCAAGCUUUUCAGAUCAAUGUGCCAAUUGUGAAAAGGCAACUGUGAAUGUAUCACUUGGGAACCUAUUAACUUAUCCAUUUGUGAGAGAAGCAGUAGUGAGUAAAAAGCUUGCAUUGAAGGGUGCACAUUAUGAUUUUGUUAAAGGCAGCUUUGAGUUGUGGGAUUUGGACUUCAAAGUCACUCCCCCUGUGUCCCUGAUUUAAGAGAGAGAUAUAAUAUUACUACAUCACCUUCAAGGAGAGUUCUCAAUCAAAAUCUCAUGUAUAUUACUUCUUUCUACAAGUCUUCUGUCUUUGUAAUUCCCAGAAAAAAGAGACGCAAACACUCGGCAAAAAUAAUGCUCCUUGUGACCUAGAUAAUCUCCUAAUUUUUGUUAUGUACUUUUAUGUUCCAGCAAACUUUUGAAUAUAAGGAUACUGAUAUAUCCACCUAAAUCAAAGUAAUGCUUUUUUGCAUUCAAUAUAAAGUAUUUACUUUAAAAA